AUGCUUUCCAACAUCAAGGUGUAUGUGCGGUGCCGGGCGCGCAACGAGCGCGAGGUGGCCGAGAACGCGGGCGUCGUGGUGUCUGUGCCGUCGCGCGAGCAGAUCGCCGUGUGUUCGGGCGCGCACCAGCGCACGUACGCGUUCGACCGUGUAUUUGGCUCAGAGAGCGACCAGGAGUCUGUUUUCGAGACGGUGGCCGAGCCGAUGCUCGCGCAGAUCCUGGCGGGCUACAAUUGCACCGUGUUUGCGUACGGGCAGACCGGGACGGGCAAGACGCACACGAUGGUCGGCGCCCUGGGCGCGGACCACAGCAGGCUGCCCACCGACGCGGGCAUCAUCCCGCGCUCCGUGCACAAGCUUUUCGAGCGGCUCAAGAGCGUGCCGGACUACUCUGUGAAGGUGUCGUUCAUUGAGCUGUACAACGAGAACGUCAGGGACCUGCUGGGCGACGAGUCGCGCCCGCUCAAGAUAUUCGACGACGCCGGCAAAAAGGGCGUUCUGGUGCAGGGCAUCCACGAGGUGUACGUGCGGACGGCGGCGGAGGGGCUGCGGCUGGCAGCACAGGGGUGCGAGCGGCGGCAGGUCGCGGGCACGCGGUGCAACGAGCUCUCGUCGCGGUCGCACACGGUGUUUUCCAUCACGGUGCACAUGCGCACGCAGGACUCGCGCAAGAUGGGCGGCGAGGAGUUUGUCAAGGUGGGCAAACUGAACUUGGUGGACCUGGGCGGGUCCGAGAACAUCUCGCGGUCGGGCGCGACGAACCAGCGCGCCAAGGAGGCCGGCAUGAUCAACCAGUCGCUGCUGACGCUGGGGCGCGUGAUUAACGCGCUCGUGGCCAACUCGCCGCACAUCCCGUACCGCGAGUCGAAGCUGACGCGGCUGCUGCAGGACUCGCUCGGCGGGCGCACGUGCACCAGCAUCAUCGCGACGCUGUCGCCCGCGAAGACGUCGCUCGAGGAGACGCUGAGCACGCUGGAGUACGCACACACUGCGAAGAGCAUCCGCAACAGGCCGCAGGUGAACGAGGUCGUCAACAAGAAGACGCUGAUCAGCGAGUACAUGGACGAGAUCGAGCGGCUCACCAGGGACCUCAACGCCGCGCGCACGCAGAACGGCGUGUACCUGGAUCGAGCCAGCUACGAACAGCUGUGCCGCGAGAGCGAGAGCCGGCGGAUCCGCGUCGAGGAGCUCGAGGCGCGCGUGGGCGGCCAGCAGGACCGGUUCGAGCGCGCGCGCGAGCGCAUCGACGCGCUCGAGAGCCAGCUGGAGCUGGAGCAGGCUGCGGGCCGCGAGCUCGCAGCUCAGAAGGAGCGCGCCGAGGGCCGGUUAGAGCAGGCGGUGGCAGAGACGAAGCAGCUCCAAAGCGUGCUCCGAGCCUACGCAGAGACCAGCGCCGACGCAGCCGCGCUCGAGGGCCAGCUCUGCGCGCACCAGAAGCAGCGCGGCCGUCUCGUGCGCGCGCUGGACGCCAACCAGCACCGCUGGGAGCACACCAGGGAGCACGUGACCGCGUUUGCGCAGCAGCUGGACGGGUCGCUGGCGAGCGCGGCUGCGGCGACGUCGCGCGAGCUGGGCGCGUUGUGGGGCGCCAUAAGAGGCGACCUCGAGGCCGUGGCGGCAGAAAUGUCGCGGCUGAGCUCGUCGUCGGUGGCGCAGCUGCGCGCCCGCUCUGUCGAGUCACGUGACGAGUUUACGUCGCGGUUGGGCGUUUUGGACGGCGGUGUGCGCGAGCGGCUGGGAGCUGUUGAGCGCGACGUUGCGGCGGCGUUCCAGCUGUUCCUGGAGCGGCUGUCUGCGGACCGGCAGCUGGUGGCGACCCUGAGGGAGGAGCUGCGUCAGCGAGACGAUCAGAUUGCGAGCGUGCGAUCGGAGCUGAAAACGUACGUGGAGGAGGCGCUGGCGCAGCACAGGCUGGUGCUGGACCGCGAGAACGAAGAGCUGGUGGGGCUGGUGAGGCAAACCGUCGAGCAGCAGGCCGGCAGGCAGAAGGCAGAGCUGAGCAGCGUGGAGGAGCACGUGACAAGCGUGCUCGGGGCGAUGGAGCAGAUGCACCACACUCGGCCGGACGUUUUGGCGCAGGUCGACAGCAGGUUGGCGGACGACGAGGCCUGUGUUGCCACGCAGAGUGGCGCUCUGCGGCGGCGGCUGGACGGCUGGCACGUCGUCGAGUGGGAAAAGACGCUGGCACGGUUCCGCGACGAGUUUGUGGCGUGGGACGACGAGCGCCUGCAGCAAGUUGAGGACGUCUCGCGCCAGCUGUGCGAGAACCUGGGACGUUUGGAGGCGUGUGUGGGCGAGCUGGAGACGAAAUUCAGCUCAGCGGUUGAUUUGCGCGUGCUCGGGCUGCACGAACUCCAGACACAGUGCAACAGUGUUCUGCGGAACUUGAAUGCCGAGUUGGAUGAAGCUCUUGCGGGCUGUGCAGGCCUGGAGGGCGAGUCGAAGAUGCAGGAGACACAGGUGGCUGAGGCGAUGGCGCGGUGCGGCCAACUGAGCAGCGCGGUGGCUGCGGUGCGCGACGACCUGGCUACCAGACUCGAGCGGCUGGAAAAGGCAUUUGGCGGAGAAAAAGCGCUGUUGAAACGCUCCUGGAACGACGACAAGGAGAACGUGCUGCCGGCACGCAAGGAGCGGGUGCUGGGAGUGAAGGACGGCAAUGCGAGGAGUGUAAUGUAG